UUAAUUCGUUUCAAGAUUCUUCUCUUCUCUCGCCGCUCGCUUCAGCAACAAGAAAAGUCGUAAAUUUUUUCCUUCGUUUCCUUCUCAGUCCCGGAAAUCCUUUCCUCUGCAAAUUGAACAUUUUUAUUGGAGUUUAUGCUAAUUUCUCUUCCACAAUUCGAUCUAUGCAGAGAGUUUUCUGAUGAGGGUUUCUUCCACGCAAAUGUCCGCUUAGUCACAGCCGUGAAUUUAGGGUUUUUGAUCCACUUCACACUCAGAACAGACCUGAAGUGCAAUCCCUGUGAAUCGGUUAUAUUCAUCGAGGAGAAUUUAGAGUCCUAGUACUGUACAUAUUUCAAAUUCUAUUCCGAGUUUCUGUAUCCUUUCAAUUGAAAUUGGUUUGAAGUUAAGAGUACGGGAGAGGAACAGUUGAGAUUGUGAUACUGGAGAGAAGUAAUAGGAGGAAGAGAUUGGUGUUCUAUUCAAAUGGUAAAUAAUCAAGAUUCGGGUGGUUGCUGUAUUGAUCUCUCUCAGUUCGGAGCGGGUCGAGGUGGUGAUGACAUAGACAUGGAGGACGAAGAGGAGGUUCCCAGGUAUCUGAAUACUAUAAAUAGUUCCGGUGGGUUUCUGAUGGUGUCUACGGAUAAGCUCUCUGUUCAGUAUACCAAUGUUAAUUUGCACGGGCACGACGUCGGUGUGGUACAGGCGAAUUGCCCGGCACCAGUGAGAAGGGUUGUUUAUUAUUUCGAGAUUUUUGUAAAGAAUGCUGGGGCGAAGGGACAGAUUGCAAUUGGUUUUACCACUGAGCAAUUUAAGAUGCGAAGACAACCCGGUUGGGAAGCAAGCAGUUAUGGAUAUCAUGGAGAUGAUGGUCUACUUUACCGUGGACAAGGAAAAGGAGAAGCUUUUGGUCCUACCUUUACAUCCGGUGAUACAAUUGGCGGUGGCAUUAACUAUGCCUCACAAGAGUUAUUUUUCACCAAAAAUGGAAAACUGGUCGGAACAGUGUAUAAGGAUGUGAAAGGUCCCUUGUUUCCUACUGUUGCUGUCCAUAGCCAAAAUGAAGAGGUAAAUGUCAACUUUGGGCAGCAGCCAUUUGUUUUUGAUAUUGAGGCUUUUGCUCUGGAGGAAAGACUGAAGCAACAGAUGAUGAUUGAAAAGAUAUCGUUGCCCCUCCAUGUCAGUCAUUGGAUUGUUCGCUCCUACUUGCUACAUUAUGGGUACCAAGAUACACUUAAUUCAUUUGAUAUGGCAAGCAAAAGUACACUUCCUCCUAUUCCUGUAGCUCAGGAAAAUGGCUUUAAUGAGCAAGGGGAGAUGUAUGCACUAGGCCACAGAAGAAUUUUGCGUCAGCUUAUCAGGAGUGGAGAUGUUGAUUCUGCAUUUGGUAAACUUCGAGAUUGGUACCCUCAGAUUGUGCAGAACGACACCUCAACUAUUUGCUUUCUGCUUCAUAGUCAAAAAUUUAUUGAGCUCGUUCGUGCUGGGGAACUAGAGCAAGCUGUGAAAUAUGCAAGGGCUGAACUGGCAAAGUUUUUCGGGAUUAAACCAUUAGCAACUCUACUUCAGGAUUGCAUUGCUUUGCUGGCAUAUGAAGAACCUGUGAAAUCUUCUGUUGGAUAUCUACUUGAUGCAACCCAGCGAGAGGUUGUGGCAGAUGCAGUCAAUGCUAUGGUUUUGUCGACUAAUCCCAACAUGAAAGAUUCACAGAAUUGCUUACAUUCGUACCUUGAAAAGUUACUGAGGCAGCUGACUGCUUGCUGCUUGGAGAGGAGGUCCUUGAAUGGGGACCAAGGGGAAGCAUUCCAUCUGCACAGAGUUCUACAAAGUGGAAAGGGGGAGAAGUGAUUAUUUUAUUUUAUUUUGCUGAAUUCUUUAUAUUCCUUGUUAACAUAUCAAACUUUUUUUUUCCUGAAGAUGGCCUACAUGUAUAGAUAAUAUUUGCUUUAGCUUCUGGUAUACAGCACUAGAGUCCUCAGAUGUUCUAGUUUCUGCUUCAUGGGAUGUAACUGAUAUGCAUGGAAAAUUGGAGUGAUCUGUAGUUGUCUGAGAGCUUGUAACCUUGGACACCAGUCACCACCAUUGACAUUUCCUGGUUGGACAUCUGAAGCGAGAUUGCUUUAUUUGCAACGAGGGAUGUGGAGUUGAUGGAACCUCUAAAUAUGGUAGCUGUGAUUGCUUUAUUUGCUGGAAUA